UUUUUUUUUUUUUGCCUUAGCGCACUCAAAAUUAGGGUUGAGAAUAAUUCAUUCGUGCAAAUGGCUACCUAGCAAACAAAAAAGGCAAAGAAAGCGAAGAAAACAAAAACUUGGAGAGGUACUACUGCCGCUUGGAAGCAUUAGACCCCCUGCCGUUUGAUACUUUGAUCCAUAUGUUCAGCCCUUUGUCGGAAUGGGCUGGUAAGAAAUAAUCUCAGAAGCUUUUGGUUGUCUUCUUGCUGCGAAAACCCAUUUCAAGCUUACGCUUGAAGACUCUCGGUCAAAUAUCAAUUUAAAAAACUGAGUUUGAUUAAUGGGUAGCUGAAAAAAAAAUCGCAAAUUAUUCACCAGGAUCUCAGAAUUUAAGCUAUUUCUCAUCUGGGUCAUUUGGGUUCUCUCCCAUCAAUGCGGUUUUCGUUGAUCCCAUGUCGAACUCACUGCACAUAUGCUGCAUAUGCAGUUUCCCCCAACUCUCAGAUUUCUCGGUUUGCUCGCCUUGGCCAAAUUGACCACGCCCGAAGGGUGUUCGAUAGAAUUCCCAGUAAGAACAUUGUUUCUUGGAACUCAAUAAUCGCUGGGUAUUUCCAAAACUGUUUGCCUCGAGAAGCUAAGAUUCUGUUUGAUAAAAUGCCUGAGAGGAACACAGUUUCUUGGAAUGGUUUGAUUGCUGGGUAUGUUAAGAACAGAAUGGUGAGUGAGGCACGUAAAAUAUUUGACAUGAUGCCGGAGCGCAAUGUGGUUUCGUGGACUGCAAUGGUUAGAGGUUAUGUAGAAGUGGGUAUGAUUUCAGAGGCAGAAUCUUUGUUUUGGCAAAUGCCGGAAAAGAAUGUCAUUUCUUGGACGGUGAUGUUAGGUGGUCUAAUUCAGGAAGGUCGGAUUGACGAGGCUCGCCAACUUUUCGAUAUGAUGCCUGUAAAGGAUGUGGUUGCUAGGACUAACAUGAUAACUGGGUAUUGUCAAGAAGGUCGUUUAGCUGAAGCGCGUGAGCUUUUUGAUGAGAUGCCUCGCCGAAAUGUGAUUUCUUGGACUACCAUGAUUUGUGGUUAUGCACAGAAUCAACGGGUGGAUAUUGCUCGGAAGCUCUUUGAGGUGAUGCCGGAGAAGAAUGAGGUGUCCUGGACUGCUAUGUUGAUAGGGUACACUCAAUGUGGACGGAUAGAAGCGGCAUCAGAGCUUUUUGAUGCAAUGCUGGUGAAGUCGGUCCCUGCUUGUAAUGCAAUGAUCCUUGGGUUUGGUCAGAACGGGCAGGUAGCUAAAGCAAGGGAAGUUUUUGAUAAAGUGCGUGAGAAGGAUGAUGGGACAUGGAGUGCAAUGAUCAAAUGCUAUGAACGGAAUGGAUGUGAAUUGGAAGCACUUGAUUUGUUUGCUUUGAUGCAAAGAGAAAAGGUCCAGCCAAAUUUCCCUUCUCUGAUCAGUGUUCUUUCUGUUUGUGCCAGCCUGGCAAGUCUUGAUCAUGGUAAACAGAUUCAUGCACAGCUGGUGAAAUCCCAAUUUGAUAAUGAUGUGUAUGUUGCCUCUAUUUUGAUGACAAUGUAUGUCAAAUGCGGUGAUCUUGUUAAAGCAAAACAGGUGUUUGAUAGGUUUUCUUCCAAGGACAUUGUUAUGUGGAAUUCUAUUAUAACUGGUUAUGCCCAGCAUGGCUUAGGAAAGGAAGCUUUAGGAGUAUUCUCUGAAAUGCGCUAUUUAGAUAUUGAACCAGAUGAUGUUACUUUUGUUGGUGUUCUCUCAGCUUGCAGCUACACUGGAAAGGUUAAAGAAGGCAUUGAAAUUUUUGAGUCAAUGAAAUUUAAAUAUCAAGUGGAGCCAGGAACUGAGCAUUAUGCUUGCUUGGUGGAUCUCCUUGGCCGAGCAGGCCAUGUAAAGGAGGCUAUGACUUUAAUUGUUAAAAUGCCAGUAGAAGCAGAUGCCAUUGUUUGGGGUUCUUUAUUAGGUGCAUGUAGAACUCACGGGAACUUGGAUUUGGCUGAAGUUGCUGCAAAGAAACUUGUACUGCUUGAGCCAAAGAAUGCUGGGCCUUAUAUCUUGCUGUCAAAUAUCUAUGCUUCAAAAGGAAGAUGGGGUGAUGUUUCAGAGCUGAGGAAAACAAUGAGGGCGAGGAGUGUGAGUAAAUCACCGGGUUGUAGCUGGAUCGAGGUAGAUAAACAAGUGCAUAUGUUUACAGGUGGGGAAAGUGUCUGCCACCCAGAGCAUACAAUGAUUGAAAGGAUGUUGGAGAAGUUAAGUGGAUUGUUAAGAGAAGUUGGGUAUUGUCCCGAUGGUAGCUUUGUGCUGCAUGAUGUGGAUGAGGAAGAGAAGGCACACAGCUUGGGUUAUCACAGCGAGAAACUGGCUGUGGCAUAUGGGCUUCUGAAGCUGCCUGAGGGGAUGCCCAUUCGGGUGAUGAAGAACCUUCGGGUUUGUGGCGAUUGCCAUUCUGCAAUUAAAUUAAUUGCAAAAGUAACUGGACGAGAUAUCAUAUUGAGGGAUGCAAAUAGAUUCCACCAUUUUAAGGAUGGCUACUGUUCUUGUAGGGAUUUUUGGUGAAUGCUCAGUAUCUAAUUUUAGCCAUGUAUCCUGAGGAUAGACUGGUUCUGAUAUCGAGCAUAUCCACUCUGUGUGGUCCAAAUAUUGGAUCAUCUGCAUCAGAAAUCAGUAUAUUGUGCUUGGAUUGGAGGAUUUGAAACAGCAAGUGCUUGACUUGGGUAUUGCCAUUUGACAACGUUAACAGAAUGUGGUCUCUGUUUCUGAGAUGAUAAUCACGAUGCACUUGAUGUGUUUGACCAUUCAGGGAUGCCCUGCUGAGAUUUCUUUGUAACUUGCUCUACUCAUGCCUUGCUCAUGGUUUUCCUGGUAUCAUCAACUCUCUAGGAAUAUGUUUGAAGGGCUGUGAAAUUAACUGAGUAGUUGCAGCACAUAAUGGAUGGUGACAAUGUCUGUGUAUAUGCCAAUUCUGAUAAUCUUCCCUACUUACAUGUGGAAAUUCAAGAUCCUUGCCAACUUCCAUUGCCUUAGAAAUAUCCACCACCACCACCGCCCCCUCUUCCUUCCCUAUUUUAACUCAGUAUAAUUUUUAUUCUAUAAAUUCUCCAUUGUCCAUAAGUUUUCUAUUCCUAUUCUGUGCAUGUACAGUAACAGGAAGAGGUUUUACUGAGGCGUUCAAUAAUUGGAACUUGGAAGUAUACUGAAGUGAUUGAAGACGGCUGCCAUUGUGAAAAAACCAAUACACCAUAGCAGAUAUAUAAGGACUAUGGGUUCUAGAUCGAAUGGGCAACCACAAUUUAUUUGUGAUUGUUGCAGGCUGCCUGGAGUGAAGUGUGAGUUUUGAACCUGCUUCCAAUACCAUAUUCGGGUUCAAGAAUGGACUUAGAGCUGCUUGUGUGACUAUUUUCGCUGAAGAUCAUCCAGGGUUUGAUGAUUGAUGAUGGGCAGUUAUGGUGUGAUUAAUCAUGUCUGGAUUGCUAAUGAUGAAAUCAUGGAAACUAUAACAGAUGAGUAAAUAGAGUUUCAAGAUAAAAGGGAGUUGUUACCUUGAUAAAUAGAGUGAGUAUUAUGUGCUAAGAAUGUGUAAUUCCCCUAAAGUAUUUUGUUUAUUUUUGGGAAUGUGUUUAGAUAUGCGUAUACAUGGAUGGAUAGUUCUCUGGCAUCUGUAUUCUGGAUAAUAUGUAUAUAUGGACUUCCGCUGUUAAGUAUGUUUUUAUAUGAUGGACUGAUUACUCGGUAUCCCACUUCGGGUCGGGUUAUGUUGAUA